UCUGAGGUUGUAGCUCACACAGUCUUCGAGCUAGGAGACUUUGAAAUCAGGUGCUUUUCCGGUUUUCUCUGGUUUUCAUCGGAUCAACGUGGUUCAAACUCCAAGAGGCCUUCUGGUUAAAAGAGGUAACUAUCUCUGGGCUUAAAUUUUGGGUUAGGGAUGUCAGCUAGGUCUGGGGGGCCUCCUUCGGGAGACGACCCCCCCCCUCGGCCCCAAAAACUUCAUAGGAGGAUAGAUGGAAGUUACACCGGUCGGACGCUUCCGACUUACAUGGAUCCGCGCAACGAGAGGGGUGAGCUGAUGGUGCUUCGUCUUGAAGGAGUGAACGGAGCAUCGUUACCUGCCGCCCCGUUCUUAAUCAAAAAGUCCGUUCAUCAAUUCCUGGGAGCGAAUAUCGACUCCGCUUUCCCUGAAGGCGGUGGCCGGUCAUACGCCCUCAAAGUGAGAAAUCCUGGGCACUUUGAGAAGUUGCUGACCAUGGCUAAGUUAAACAACGGAACCCCUGUCAAGGUAAUCCCCCACCCGGUCCAUAACACGGUAAAAUGUAUAGUUUACUGUCGAGACGUGAUUGACCUACCUGAGGAAGAGUUACUGGAAGAACUGAAAGAACAAAAUGUUAUCCAGAUCCACCGGAUCACAAGGAAUGCUGGCCAGCAAAGAGAGAAUACUCCCCUCCUCGUCGUCACGCUUAGCGGGACCUCAAGACCGGAACACAUUUUCUUCGGUUUCUUGAGGUGCCCCACUCGACCCUACUAUCCGUCUCCCAUGCAGUGCUUCAACUGUUGGGAUUUCGGUCACACAAAGACAAGAUGUAAAGCCUCUAAAGCCACGUGUGGGAACUGCUCGGGUUUCCACCCGAUCGCAGAGGACAAAAGAUGCGACUUGUCGCCCUUUUGCUCCAAGUGUAGCAGUGGCCAGCACCCCCGCAAAAGCAGAGCCUGCCCAGCGUAUAGAUUGGAGAACGAUGUCCAGCGGAUAAAGGUCGACCGGGACUGUACCUACCCCGAAGCGCGACGCAUCCUGCAGCUGGAAAAGAGUGGAGAGCCAACGUACGCUGAAGUCGCCAAUGCAGGUCAAACCUCUAGGAGGAACUCUGCGCGGCGGGUGCCCGAAGAGAGCUCUCAGCAAGGUGGACCAAUUCAACCGACUAUGGCUACACUACUUGCCGCCCUCGCCGAAAAGGACGAGAGAAUCCGAAAACUGGAAGCCAUGAUGGAGGAAAGCCUCCGAAGGAAUGCCGAGCUCCAAGAUAAACUGGACAAAAUUAUAAACAGCCAGCUCCUUCAAACAGCAGCAACUCCCCAAUCAAUCGGAAUUGAUGAAAUCGACUUGAUGGACGACACACUCACGUCCGUCGAGAAACCGGAAGGGCCCAGCCCUGCCCUUAACAGCUCCUCUACCGAAGUCGAACCCACCCCUCAGACCCUAUCCAAAGCUGACUCCCAAGAUACUUCUCGGAUCUCCCCUGACCUUGUUUUCCUCUCACCCCUCCCCAUCAAGGAGAGAGUGAACUCAGGUGACGUUACGCCGAAACGAUCGGCAACAGCAGAACGAUCUGCACACUCGACACCCACCAGUGUCACUAAAGCGCGGGUAUCUCCUCAAACUUCCGGCCCCAGGAUCGCCGGGAAGAGGAAUAUCGCUAGCACGUCGCCAGAUCCAACCACCGAGCCCAAGAGUAUCCCAAAAACCCAACGGCUUAACGCCAAGAACAGCGGUUCUACCGCUAAAUAAUUGGAACCUUCAACUCCAAUGUUACAGCCUCCAACGUGCCACAAAUCUCGAACACCACCAACACCAAUGAGCCGACGUCGGACCCAGGUAGCCGAGGCACCAUUGGACCGGACGCUAUACCCCAACCGGAACCUUUGGAACGACCCCGGCGCCUGGUAAAGGCCGAGGACGAAGAAUUACAAUGUGGAGCCCUGGAUCGUCGGGGCGCCGGUAGACCGGACGUCAAGACCCAACCGGAACGACCGGACCGACCUCGGCAUCCAGAGGACGAAGAAAUAAAGAAGAGC